CAAUGAGACGUAAACAAAGAUGGCCAACACAAAUGUCUGUGGCACAGUUGAAAAUGUUUCCGCCGCUAGAGUGUUACAAACAAUCCCUGUCAUAAUCAACAAAAUACUGGAAACUCUUCCGAUGAAGUCACUGCACGCCUGUGCAAGAGUGUGUCGGACGUGGAAUGAAAUUGUGAGAAAGAUAAAGCAGACAAGAACAAGUCUAUACUGGCUCUGCGUGCAGGGUGAGGAUGAGGAAAAUCCAAAGGAUCACAACAUUGUAGAAGAUCUCACAAUGUCAUUUCAGAAUAUGACUUUGGAGCCUGCAAAUGUUUUUAUUUUCUGUACUACAUUACUGUUUGAAGAGUCUCUUUAUGUACCUUCCAAAAGUCAGAGUAGAAGACCCAGGCAAUGCAAGAGUCAAUCAUAUGAUGUAGAAAGCUUUAUUACAUCCUUACUGCCCAGUUCCUGCAAGUCCUUCUCAGUGGCAGCAGAUGGAAUUAUUGGUAGUAGUGAAAAUAAAACAGUAGAAAUUGAACAUUCGGUGAUGGCAAUAACUUAUUUAGCUAUUCCAAGAAUGCCAGGUGUUGAAAUUUAUGACUUCUUCAUAGACCUCAAUAAACAUAUUUCCCCCAUGAGCCCAGAAAUUCCUGACCGAUUUAAUGUGGAAGAAGUGACCACUGUGCCGUUUGACCAGGAGGUGAAGGCCAUCCUGUUUUUCUCUGACCUUCACUUCUGUCCUCAGGAGAUUCAGUUGGGACUGCUGGACUAUUAUAAUGGCUGUCCUGUAGUCGGGGGAUAUGUGGACCAUAUCGUGACACCCCUCUCAGAAUGUGGCUUCGACGAGUCCUCGGAUUCACAGGUUCGCUGUAUUGCUUUAUGUGGACCUAAUGUACACGUGGCCUCUGUUGUGGUUAAGGAAGACACAAACAGCGAAAAGAAAAUAGAAAAUGAACUUCUGAAACUGAAGGCCUGCAAUCUGCCAACAGAGAAAAGCUUUGCUUUUAUGUUUGCAUGUCUAGGCAGAGGAAAAACUUAUCACAAUGGCAAAGAAAAUGUGGAAUCUUCCAUAUUUAGGAAGAUAUUUCCACACACGCCAUUGUUUGGUUUCUUUGGGAAUGGUGAAAUUGGAAUGAAUUAUCUUCAUCCAUAUGAUUCCACGAAAAACAGUUGUAAGUCAAAGAAGACUAAGUCUAAUCCUAAGCUGUCUCAUGCAUACACCUCAAUAUUUGUCUUAGUUUCUAUCACCUCUUGUUAAUCUAAUAAAGUUUUUAUAAUAAACA